GGAGGCUUAUCUGUUGGCGGAAAUGUUCUUAGAGAAAUAAUUGAGAUGGGAAAUCAGAGAACAAGAUUCUCAAAAAGUAUAUGUUGAAAUAUAAUAAGUUAUAUUACCAAUUUUAAUGGAAAAAAUUGAAUAAAUGUUAGUUAAGGUCGUGAACCUGUAUUGCCUUCAAUUACAAGAUAGACGUGCAUAUAAGUGGAAUGAGCAUAUUUUGGAAUUACAAGACAACUUGAUCUUAAACUUAUGAAUUAAACAGUCAUAAGGCUAAAUAGAGUAAGUUACAUGUUGUGAAAUUGCUACAGGAAGACUACAAAUCAUUGUGUUACUGAGAGAAAGCAAUGUGUUUUAAGAUGAAGCGAUGAGUCAAAAGCAAUUAAAAAGAAAACAACAGUGAUCUUGAUUUGAGGGCAAAUAGGUUUUGUUUAUUAUUACAAUGCGUAUCUCAAUUUUUUGACAUGUCGAUAACAUUAAGUUUACCUCGUGUACGAUCACAUCUAGAGACAUGUACUUUCACAUCUACUAUUUCUGUAGGUUUGGUUACUACGCUAUUUAAAAAGAAAAUUUUACAAGUUCAAGAGUCAUACAUAAAUAUGGAAAAAGAAUUAUCAGAACAUAAUCAAUCUCUAAUGGACUUACAUAACACUGCUCUCCCAGAAAUACACAAACAGUUAUCGUCUUCUGAUCAACAAGAAAUGAAGAGUUCACAUAUAUUAUGGAAUGAGAGGCAAUCGAUUAGCACCCAAACAUACGAGACAUCAUUUUUACCAUGUUUUAGCUGCUCAAACAUGCAAAAUUGUUUGAUAAAUACUGGGUCAGUUAUUAUAUCUAUAUGUGAAUCACAAGGUUUACCUUCAUUACUUUCAAAAUAUAAGCGUGCAUACAAAAAUGAAAUGACCAACCUUGACAUCAAAAAAUGGUGCACUGAGCAAGAGCGUGAUUUGAACAAAGUAUGCAAACAUUUAGAGGAUUUACAAGCCAAAAUACUUGUUUUAGAUACUGAUUUUUUAAAAUCAAAAACAUUAUGUGGGCAAUUGCAAGAAAAUUUUGAUGAAAUAACCCAGCAAAAAAUAAAUUUAGAAAAUGAACUCCAAAGAUUAAACAAAUUAUAUGAAUCAAAAACACAGGAAUACCUGUUGCAGGAGAAUUUACUUAAACAGAAUUUUCAUCGAAUCCAAAAAUUAGAAAAUGAACUUGUACUUCACAAUGAAAAAGAAAAAGAAAAUAAAGUCACAAAUGAACAUCAAACAAAUUUGGUGCUAAAAGUAGAAACUUUAUCUGGUGAGUUGGAAAAUGUUAGAAAAGAAUUGCAAAGUAAUGAAAUUCACAUUCAAGAUCUGUUGCAUGCAAAUCAAGAUCUUCAAAAAAGUGCUGAUUUAAAGUUACAAGGUUAUAUUGAAAGAAAUACAAAUUUAACAGAGGAGCUAGCUCAGGCUAAAGCAGAAAUAAGAGUACUGCUGAAACACGAUCAGGUCACAAUCAAAUUAUUUCUUAUGGGACUUCAAGAAAAACAGUCAAAGUUACUCUGUCGCAUUGAAGAGUUAGAAGAUAAUGUUAAAGUUUGUAAAAUGCAACUAUUGGAUUCAGAACAGCAUUUAAAAGAUGUAACUAAUGAAAAGGAGCAAUUGAAGAUUUUAGCAAAAAACUCUGAAGAAAAGCUCAAUGCUUAUGAGAAAAUAAAUUAUGAAGAAUGUCAAAAAUCAACUGAGCUGUCGGAAAAAAUUAAACUUCUUGUCUGUUACCCUGUUAUUGGGUUAGAAUUAGAAACAAUUGAAAAAGAAUAUCAAUCAAUUUUGUCAAAUCCAAAAUACAGAAUGCCUGCUAAAGAUGAUAUUGUUUCAGAUUUGGUCAAUCAAAUAUAUGCUAAUGAAACACGUGUAUUCAUAUUGAAUAAUCAAAUAGCGUCUUUAAAGAAUUCGUUGAAUAAACUUCAAUUGGCAAAUUCUGAAAAUAUUACUUUUACUCAAGAUGGGUCAUCCUUUGAAAGCUUUAGCCCGAAAAAUGAGAGAUACACAGAAUCGUUAUUGAAGGUAAGUACAAAUAAUGCCUUAACCCCCAAACCACCCUGUGAACCGCGUACAAUUGUAACAAGACCACGAAGCAGCAAUCGAAACGAAAUAAAUGAGGCGCUGGUUAAUUUAAAUACAAACCAUCAAAAACUUUUUGACGGAUUAGAAGCUCCUUGGAAAACUAAUAAAAUUGCAGCUAAAAAUCUGCACGUCUUUGAUCAAAACAGUUGCGUUCAAAAGCAGCAGAUCGAAACCAGCUGCGUUUGUCCCGAUUGUGACAAAAGUUAUCUUUCUCUUCAAGAUUUGGAAAUACAUAGAAACUUUUGUUAUGGCAGAAUCUAAUUCUAGUUCUUUUAUUGCUACUUACAAUUAUUUAUUAUAAUAUAAUAAAUUAUUUAUCGUUCAUCGUUAUCGUUUGAAAUUUUAUGUGUAAAAAUAUUGACAAUGAAUAAAAUGAAUUGGUAAAGAGUUGUUGGUUGAUAUGAUAAUUCAAUUCAAUUUACUUAUGAAAAUACUAAUGGUUCGACUAGAAUUUUGAAUAUUUUAUAUUAGUGUUUAGAAUUUAUAUAAUAUAAUAGUAUUCUGCUAUAAUGUA